CUUCUCCACGUGCGCCUUCGCCGCCAGCAUGGCCGGAGAGUGCAACCCAAAGUCUGGGCCGGCGGCCGGCCGCCUUGCUUCGGCCUCGGCCUCGCACCCGGGCAGGCUCCUGGGGCAGAAUCGGCAGUUCCUGGACUUUUUCUGGGACAUCGCCAAGCCCGACCAGGCGAUCCGUCUGAAGGCCACGGAGGGGCUGUUGAGCUACUUGCAGGAGAGCAAGAAGGAUGAUGAGUUUUUAAAGUACACAUUGAAGCGCUUGAUCGAUGGAUUGGGAGCAACUCGAGAAGUGGCCCGUCCAGGAUUCAGUUUGGCUUUGGCACAGGUAUUGCAGGUUUUUGAGGAGCUGACUCUCUUGGCUGUUCUGCAACAGAUUAGAGAAAAAUAUGAUCUCGGUAGAGUGAAGAAGAAACUUUUCAGAAACGCUCUGUUUGGAAACUUUUUCGGAGUGCUAGCUCUCUUCCAGUCCAAGCGCCUGGCAAAGGACUCCAAGGCUCUCCUUGAGUGUGUCCAGCUUCUACAGAGCCUUUCGGAGCACCAUGUCCAUCUGAAGGACCUCCCUAGGAAGACAUUGGCUGACAUUGUCUCUGAGAUCCCAGAGGCUGUAUUCGAAAAGGUGCUUUACAGUAUCUUGGAAGAUGAACUUACUGCAGCUUUCAGCACUCCUGGUCAAUUGUACCUCCUGUUGGUGGGCAUCCAAAAAUUCCCCAAAGUUCUCCGACCAGAGAAACUGAAGGAUCUCUUGGGCACAACUGUUGUCGUCACAGCACAAAACAUCCCCAGGAUUGUGGAAGUUUUGAAAAUGGCAGCCAAAUCAGAGAGGAAAGAGAAAGUUCUUCCAGCUGUAGGACUGGAUCUGAUGAAAGUGGCUCUGAAGGAAGAAACCUUUGAACUAUUCUGGAAAGAAGCUGUAGAAAACGGGUUACUUAAAGAAAAUGUUGGACCCUGCAGCUACAUGUGUUUUCGAUUGCUGGGCAGCAUCCUCCCAUUUCUUUCUCUUAGCCAGCUAAAGACGGUCCUUCAAGGUGAAGUUAUGCGUCAAUAUGGGUUCCAUGUUGUCACAAGUAAGCUGCCUGAUAGGUUUAAGUUUGCCCCAGAGAUGGAGGCCUACGUUGACUCGUUCCUAGAGGGAUGCGACAGCCCUGAGAAGCAGCUGGCAGCGAUGAUUGCCUUCUCCACCCUCACCAACCAAGGCUAUCCAGUUGUGCCCACUUUCUGGAAGGUGGUGAGACAUCUGCUUCCUGCUGCACUGCAGAAGUACAUCGACUGGCUGAAGGACAUGUUUCUCAGUCCAAACCUGGACUGCUGUGUGGAUUUUGCCACCAAGAGGCAGAAGGAGAAGAGAACGAGCAGCGUAACUGAGCACAGCAUCGCACGGCUAAGGAAAUGGAUCAUCGGCCGACUCGUUGGAAUCGCCGAACACCCUCAGAUAAACAAGGAAGAUGAGCUUGUCAUGGACAUUGCCAGGUUCUGCUUCUUUCAUGCUUUUUUUGAGGCCAAGAAACCAUUCCCGAAGAUAACAGAAACAAAAGUUUUCCCUGCAGUUCCUCUGAAUGAAGUCUCUCGCACGGUUGCUGCAGACUCAUUUUUCAGUUUGCUUCAGCAUUUGAACACAAUGCCUGCCCUGGGAGACUCAGCUGAAGCAGAAGAAAUGAGGAAGAAGCACCUCCAUGGUUUGACAGCUAGCGGGGAGCCCUGGAUCCACUGUGUUGUGCAAUAUGCCAGCGUCCUCCUUUCUCACCAGGAACAGGUUAAGAUGGUGGCUCCAUUUAAUGAUGAAGAACAACAGGCUUGGGACAAGAUGUUGCAGACCGUGGAAGCCCUGAAAAAAAGAGAUAAAAAAAGCCAGAGCACAAAGACCUCUGCCUUCCAACACCUGCUGCUGUUAGUUGGCAUUCACCUCUUCAAGUCUCCAGCAGAGUGUGUGAACCUUCUGAAUGACCUCCAGAGUUGCAUCAAGAGGGCCUUUGGUGAGAAGCUCAAGAAGAAGAAGGCAGUUGCUACUGAUGGUGAAGAGGAGCCAGCAUGGGUUGAAGUGAUUGUGGAGGUCCUGCUUUCCCUCCUAACCCAGUCUAGUGGGCUGAUUCGACGGGUCUGUAAAAAUGUGUUUGGGCUUGUCUGCCAACACAUGACAAAGGGUGCCCUGCAGCUCAUCCUAGAUGUUCUGGAUCCACAAGAAGACCAGGAUGAAGAAAGUGCUGUUGUUGUAAUGGAAGAAACAGAGAAGAGAAAAAAAUUGACACAAAAAGAUACGAAACAAGAUGAAGAAAGCGGGGAGAGUUCUGAUGAAGACAGCUCUGAAGAAAGCGAUGAGAGCGACAAGGAGGGUUGGGAGACAAAUAGCGAGGGCGAAGGCGAACCAGAUGAGAACUUCCGUGCCAUGCUGAGGAAUGUUUUACAAGCUGGGAAUGCUGUGGAAGGAGAUGACAGUGACGAGGACGUGGAUGAUGAGACCAUGAUGUCCCUCGAUGAGAAUCUUUCAUCUCUCUUUGCUGAGCAGCAGAAGCGCAUCCAAGCCAAGAAGGAUGAGAAGGAAAAGUUGCGCAAGGAGAAGACCUUGCGCCGGGACUUCAAAAUCAAGGUCCUGGAUUUGGUUGAGUUAUUUCUGACAAAGCAGGCAGGGAACCCUCUUGUCUUCAGUGUCAUUGAUCCCCUUCUUUCUGUGAUUGAGCACAGCAUGAACUCAGACUCUAACAAGCAAGAACAAGAUUACCUCCGGAAGACUGCAGAUAUUUUCACGAAUAGUUUGUGUAGAUCCAAGCAAUACUGCAAAAAUGUGUCCUCUAUCCAGGAGGAACUGCACACCCAGCUAGAAAGUUUGGUGAACAGAGGCUGCAAGCAGAGUGACUCCUCAGUAGCCCUCUACUACUUCAGUGGAUCAUUGUACCUUUUCCGAGUAUUGAGGGGAAAUGCACCAGCUGAUGAAAUGGUGUCAGAGGGUGCCCAGACAAAAAAGAAAUGGAAAAAUCCGGAGGGAAGUGAAGUGUCACCUGGACAGCAUUUUGAUCUUGGCAGUGUGGACCUGGACCGGGUGACUGCUGUGUAUAAAGAGGCUUUGAACUUGUUUUUGACAAAGCGUAAGAGCCCACUGACUGGAGCCAUGUUUCUUGACCUCUUUGAACGCCACCCGAUGAUGUGCAAGCAACUAAUUGAUGUAGUUGUCAAGUCGAUCACAGAGGGGGCCCGGCAGCACCAGCAGACCCAGGCAUGUCUUCUUCUCCAGAAAGCCCUGCAGAACAAGUGUUUUAAGCUUUCACUGUCUGAAAAAGAGUGGGAAGAUUUGAUCAGAGAAAGCACCCAUCAAAUUACAAAGACAUUGAAGAAUGUGAAUGAGUUCAAGGUUAAGGUGGACCGGGAGAAGGUCAUCAAGUGUCUGGAGCUGUUGAGCUGCCUCAUCAAAAUAGUGACCCAGCAGGAACUCAGUGUGGAUCUGACUGAGCUUCGUGGGGUGCUCCAGACCCUGGGUCUGCAGGAACAUUUUGAGAAGUCCAUACGACUUGACAAUGUGUACUGGAAUGUUAUGAAGCUCCUGGGAUUUAAGCGGCCUGUGAAGGAGAAAGUCUCAGCCCAGCCUGCAAAUGGAACUGUGAUGCAGUCCCUAAAACGGAAGAAAAAGGGCUUCCUGCCAGCCACCAAAAAACGCCAGAACCGCAAGAAGGUCCAGCCCGGUCAGUCCCAGGAGAACGGUGCUGAGGGUAGACGCAGAAUCCCUGCUCCUGGCGAGGCCAAGGUUCCCUCGGAAGGAAAGAAGAAAAGGAAGAGGAGAAGGAAGCGAGCGGCAGAAGAGGGCAAGAGGGAAACGUCUGAGCAGGGUCCUCCAGCAAAGAGGGGGGCUCCGUCCCCAGGGAUCGCGAAAGGGGCUGCUGGGCCACGUGGGCGUUUGAAGAAGAAAAAGCAGCAGCAACGCAAGGAAAGGAAGAAAGGGGGGAAGAAGAGUGGGACUGCCUGAAUAUUGGGGAAGGACGGGAUGCUUUCAUCAACUUCUGGGGAAUGUGUUUUGGAAGUUGCAGGGGGAAUCUUCUUCUGGAUUCCAGCCAGCAGAAUUAAAACUGACCUCUAGUAUUCUGAUAGUGAAGGACUCAAUUGCUUAACAGUCUUGGGACUUCAGUCCUAGCUGUGAUGCCAGGAACCAUCUGGGAUGGCUCUCCCCAAAGAGCCAAGCUGCAAACAGUGUAACGCAUUCUGAUUUUAUAAGAAAAAGAGGUGUGUGCAUGUGUGAACGAGUUUCAUUUGAUCCCGGCAAUGUAAUUCAUAAGCUGCUCCUGGAAAAAGAGCUCCUUUGGGGCAACUCCUUCUAAUGCCUGGAUCAGUAACAUAUCCUUGGUUUUGAUAACAGAAGGUAUCGAGUUAUGAUGUUGAAUAUAUGUAACUUUGGUAACUUGGAGAUAAAUUACAGAAGUUAUAUUUCUUAAUAAAAGAUAAAAAUAUAUUUUUAAAUCUUUAUAAAAUUAAAAUGACAUGCCGUGGCCCAGAUGUGUUCAAAACGUUUCCAAUUACUGUUUGCAUCUCUGUCUUAGAAUGGAUGAAACCUCUUACAAUAAAUAAACAAUAUGCAAGUUCAGAGAAAGCAGCCUAUGAUCAAAACCAUUGUCCAAGGAUAGUCUUUUUUUUUUAAAAAAAAGCUAAAAUACGAACUAAAAUAUGGACUGAUAAGGCUGCAAUUAAUUAAUUUAAUUAAAGAGCCACUUGGUACCUUAUUUCUAUAUUUCAGUAAUUUUCAAGACUUUAGGCUGCUUUUUAUAAGGUAAAAAGGUAUUGAAACAGUUUUUUAUAUUUAUAUUCUACAUUCAGUAACUUCUAUUUCAGUGGAUACUAUUCCUCUGUGUAUCUACUUAGAAAUAAUAGCCAUUCAUUUCAGUACAGCUUGCUCCAUGUUAAGUAGCAAUAAGAUAGUAGUUCUAAUCUUUUAUCUAAAUCUUUGAUCAACUUGAUGGCGCCUAAUCAGUCAAUAAUCAAUCCUGAAUGAUCCAAAAAUUCACUGCGGGUCCUUCAACUUUUAUGGGUUCAGUGCCUGUUAAUAACAUGGCCGGGUGUUCCUAAGUAACAUAUCCAUCACCAGGGCAGAUUGAUGACUGAAUCCUGGUGUGGUAAAAGGGGUGAAUAUUCCUGCAUAUAGAACUCUUAGCACAUCAAGGAUUUUAUCUGCAGCUAUUUUUAAAUAUAUAUAUAUAUUUUGCAAUUGAGCUGAGCAGGUAGGUAUAAUGGGCACAUACUCAACUGUUACUAUUACUGUUACUAUUUAUUAAAUGUUUAU